AUGUUCGGCAUCUCGUGCAGCAAAAAGCCGGCCAAGUGCGUCAAGUGUCCGAACUGCACCAAGGCCUUCAACGGGCGGCUCAAGGUCAACGGCGUGCUGCUGCACACGCGCUACUGCUCGGGCUGCUUCUGCCGCUCCGUGGCGGGCGGGCGGGCCUGCUCCAAGCCGCGCAUAGGCGCCGUGCGCCGCGGCGGGCUGGUCUACGCCGGGGAUCUGGUCCCGGACGUUCCUUGGUGUAUUGACCACAUCACCUGCAGCGACCUGAGCGUCGCCGGCGGCCACUGCCGGCGGAUCGUCAAGCAGUGCAACCCGGCCAAGUUUUCCUUUUGCGAGGCCCGUAAGCGGCCCCCUUGA